UCCUAAUUUCAUCACCGUAUUACUGCAAGUCAAAGGAAUUAUCGCGAUCAUUCAGACUGAUAUCUCUUAUUAUCUACAUUAUUACAAUUAUUACAUACGAUAAAUUUACGAAUAAAUAAGAAAAAUUAAUUUUUUCUAAAAGUUUGUAACUCGAAAAGACAAAAAUUAUAAAAAUUGUGGUAUUAAUAUUUAGAAGGUCUACUGAAUAUCUGUAAAAUUUGCAAAUUUUAUAUUAGACUUUGAUAUUCAUAUUAUGUGUGAUGUAACAAUAAAUAAAUUUAUUGUGCGAUGAAAAUUGUAAAAACUAUAAAAAUAAACAUUACAUAUAAUAACGAACAAGAUACAGUAGUGAGUCAAAAUUUUCAAAGAUUAUUCAUUCCAGAUGAACGUGAAUUUCCGCUUUGAUUUCCAUCGGAAUAAUGAAAGCACGUGGUUACUAAAAAUAACUCCGAUAUUUGAGAAGAGAACACAUUAGAAUAUUCAGUAUACCUUAUCAAAUUUUCGAUAUAUAUAUUAUCAUUCCAUCUUCCUGUAUUAAUUACAGGAAUUUAAAUAACUAACAAUUCCUGUAUUUAUAUAAUAUCUAUUGAAUUUAUUUUAUUAUUAUAAAAUUCAACUCAUGAGCGAAGGAAAAAAUCAAAUUUUUUAUCAAAUCAGAAAAGACAAUUAAUUAUUUACCACUAUUGUACUUCUAAUAAUAAACUAGUACGACAGAAUUAAUUGUUCAUUAUUUAUUAUGGCUUAGAGCCUGGCUUUAAGAUCACUAUAUAGAAACUCGUUCGUUUCCGUAAAAGUUCAACGUAAUAUUGAAACACAUUAAAUAAUUAAUCACUUCAAUAAUCAGACUCUGUAUCUUUAUUUUACAAAGAUACAUAAAAAUCUUUAAUUUGACAUAUUCCGAUAGAUAUUGCUGAGAAUUGCUAAUGAAUAUCUAACAAGUUUAAAUGACACAGUGUCCUAAGACAGCUUACGAUACGACGUCUUGUAUUUCAUGCUCAUCAAUGAACACUUUGAACAAUUUCUGUGAAAUACAAUACAAAUAUAUGUAGUGUGGUCUAGAGAGAGUCAUAUUAGAAGUACAUAUUUAAAUCGUUUUUCUUAUUCUAAUGUCACUGGAAUUCCGUUCACAUAUUUUGCAAUAUUUCGUACGUAUCUAUACAUAUUAUAGUAAUGCAUUUUUUUAGAUAUUUUUGUUUCAUUUAUUUUUAGGAAAAAAUGUUUGCAUCAUUCUUCUAUCGAGCUACGAAUACUAAUUACAAUAACAAUAUCAAUGUAGCAUGUAAAAUAAAUUAAAUAUAUUAUUUUAUUUGGGUUCAAUAUACCUUGGGAAUAAAGUUCCCAACUUUUAAUUUUAAUCUAACAACAUUGAGUUGUGCGUUAUUUUAUUUUCGUUAUUUUAUCGAUAUUUACGUUAUAUAAACACAAUACAUAACGUAACGUGUAACGUGUUUCUAAUCUAUAAUCUUUUAUAAAGUAUUUCUAUAAAUGACGCCUACAACUUCGUAUACUUUCUCAAUAAGAAAGUCACGUACCAUUUUUCGUCUUCACGGUACUCGGAGUACCGUACUCCCACCACAGCCGCUCAGAGAAAUAAGAAAGUACAAACAACGUUGCCUUGACUGGUUUUCAUUGUAAGGUAACAGCUUGUAGUAUAGUUUAGUUAGAUCACAAAUGUUAGAUCACAAACAGUUAACAAGUAAGACUUAAAUUAUUUCAGACAAAAUGAUUUAAAUUUGAUUUUAUGAUACGACAAAAUGUGGUGGCUAUUUUUACUAAACUAUGUUACGAUCGGAUCGUCAUUACGUCUCGCUGCGUACAUAUCUUCUGGCGGGCUUCAUGGAGAAAUUCGAUUUGAAAAAGCCUCAGAAACAUCCGUAAAGAUUCGAUUUUCACUUCAAACGACUCUUCAGUACCCAGACCAACAAUGGCUUUGGUCAGUUACUCAAUUCCCUGUUGAUUACACACGUAUAAACGAUAGAUGCAGUAGACAAUAUAUUGGAGAAAGCAUUAUCGAUUUAACGGAACUUGUUGGACCAAUUGAUAUGCCCGGAAAUGAAACAGGAUCAGUGGAAAUUUCAGGCAUAAGUUUAACCGGAGAAAUGGGUUUAUGGGGGAAAGGUCUAAUACUUCAAGACACAUAUUCAUCUAGAACUAUUUGUGCUUCGAUAACGGUAUUAGAAAAGAACGUGGAAAAAUUUGCGGAAGCACGUUUCCUCGAAAGUGUAGCGGGAAAUGUAUGGUUUCGAUGGUUGGGUGGUCAUGGUGGUGAUAAUACUAGCGAUACAAUAAUUUAUAUAAAUUUGUAUCAUGUUAAUGACAAAAUACAAUUACAAGAUACAAAAUACACAGAACAUCAUUGGAAAAUUUAUGUAACGGACAUUUUUGACAUCAGUAAAGACAAAUCAAAUUGCAACAUUUUACAAACCGUAUUUGAUCCUGAUAAUGCUGGUAAUGGUAAAGCAAUUGGUGACAUUGAUGAGCGUUUGGGCAAGAUAAAAAUAGCUGUAGGUCAUCAUAACAAAUAUAAAACUGUAUACAAAGAUUCAAAAUUGUCUCUAUUACCUUCUACUGAUUUGCUUGGACCUCAUCGUCAAUUAUAUUUAGUUAUAUUUCACCCAAGACAUGAUGAUUCCAUUUUACUGUGCAGUAAAAUUAAUCAUAGAAAACCUAUCUUUGCCAAAACUUUAAUUAAUGCCCAUGGUAUUAAAGGAGAAGUAUCCCUAACUCAAGUAACUCCAUUUGAUCCAACAUGGGUUAAUGUAUCAUUAACACCAAUUAAUGAUUUAGAAACACGAUUACGCUAUGCUACUAAAAUAAAAUCAUAUAAUAUUCAUGAAUUACCUCCAGAUCCAAUAAAAGUUUCAAAUAAUUCUACUGAAAUAUGUGAAACAACUAAAAAAAUAUAUAAUCCAAGCAAUAUUAAUAUAACGGAUGUACCACCAGCAGGACUUGGAACUCAAGAUCAAUAUGCUAUUGGUGACCUUUCUGGAAAACUUCAAGGUCGUAAAGAAGGAUCAUAUCAUUAUGAUAUCUUACCAGGGAGUGCGAAACUUAGUGGAAUAUAUUGGGAUACGUAUCUUCCACUUUCAGGAAUGUAUAGUGUAAUUCACAGAAGUCUUGUUCUUCACAAGUAUAAUGAAACUGACAAUAAAAGUAUCAUACCAUGGAUUUGUGGCACUUUGAAUCUUUAUUUGCCAGACAAUAUUGGACAAAUACAAAUGAUAACUGCACAAGUAAUAUAUAGAUAUCCUAUUGUUGGAAAAAUAAUUUUCCGCCAACCCAAAAAUGAUCCCCAAAUGGAUACUACUAUUAUAAUUGAAAAUUUAGUUCAUGCAGAUGGUAAUGCUUUAAAUAAUUCCGAGCUACACAGGUAGAAUGGAAUUCAAGUUUCAAUGAAUAUUGUUCAAUGUCAGAAGUAUCAUUAUGUCGUGUAGGUGAUUUAACAAGACAUGGUACAAUCGAUAUUGCUGGAAGAAAACUUUAUGGGAUCUUACUAACUCGAAGACUCUUCACAGAUAUAAUGUUACCUUUAUCAGGUCCCCAUAGCAUAUUGGGUAAAAGUUUAGUGAUAUAUGAUAACCAUGGACCUCGCAUAAGAGGAGAAAGAUUAGCAUGUUCAAUAAUUAGUGAAACAUAUCGCCGCAAAGCGGUAGCAAGAGAUUGGUUUGGAAAUGGAGAAACUAUUUCAUUAAGAGGAAAAUUAGAAUUCUUACAACAAAAUGAAUAUGACAUAACAAAUGUAGAACUAAAUCUUGAUGGCCUACAUGGAAAAAUGAGUGGAUAUCACGUACAUGUGACCCCAAUUGAACAAGAUUUAGAAUUUCCAUGUGAAAGUACAUCCUUAUACGGACAUUGGAAUCCAUUUGAUGUCAAUGUAAAUAACAUACUAUCUCCAGGAGAAGGAACAACUGAUCAGUAUGAAAUGGGUGACCUCAGUGGAAAGUUUGGUACUUUAGAAAACAGAAAAAGAUAUGUAAAAACCUUCAAUGAUACAAUGCUUCCUUUAUUUGGACCAACAAGCAUACUUGGUCGAAGCAUAGUGAUUCAUAAAAAAGAAAAAAAUUUAAGAUGGGCUUGUUCAACUAUAGAAAGAGGAUAUUCACCAUCCGAAGCCAUAGAGUUAAGAGCAAUUGCGUCUUUUCAUCAUCCACAAGGUUUUGCAUAUGGCUACAUAAAAAUGACCAAAAACCAUAAUUGGGCAAUAUAUGUAAAUCCUGUCGGAGUAGAUGCAGCUGUUCAUGUUAAAGAUACUAGAUGUGUAGCUGGUGGAUAUAUAUGGAAUCCUUAUUUUACACAACUAGCUGAUCCUUUAAACGAUAAUUUGUACAAACAAGAAUGUGGUCCUGAUUUACCACUUAGAUGUUAUGUAGGAGAUAUAUCAGGUCGAUUAGGUCCUAUUAAUAUAGGAUUAGAAAGACAAGUUUUUACAGAUUCAAAUUUCCCAUUAGGAGGACCAGUAUCUGCAAUGGGAAGAUCUAUUGUUAUUUUUGACACAAAUUUUGGGACCAAUAGAUUUGCAUGUGCUAACAUUGAACCUGAUAAUGAUAUUGUAAAAUAUACAAACAUAAGGAAACCACCUCGUUUUGUAGUGGCACAAUUUUUAGAAGAUGUACGAAAAAUUAUGGGUAUCCCAGAUUGGAUGCUAUCUAUAGAUAUUAGAAAAACAAAAAUUUUACACAAUGGAGCCUGCAUUCAGUUUUUAAUACAUUUUAAGGGUCCAAUUGCUAACACCUUAGAACAAGAUUUCAACAAACUUAUGUCAACUGGGCGAUUAGAUACGCCUAGUUUGUACAUUCCAGGAUACAUCCCUAAAAAGCAAAAAACAACUUUAGGUUACCGCCAAUGUGGGAAUCAGGAUCCGAAUGAUGAAAAUUUCAAAUUUUUUCUACAAAAUAUAUCUUCACAACUGUGUCCAAAACUAAUAUUAACUGUCACUAUAUGUAUUAUUAUGAAAUUACUGUAACACCAAAUUACUAAAUUAAGUUUAAAUAUGAAAGACACAAUAAAAAUUUUAAUUAUUGGUUAACAAAAAGUACACCUCUCUGUACACGUCAAAGGGCGAUGAUUAUAGAGUGCGCAACCAUCGCGUUCUAAUGGUUCUUUCCAUGGAACGAUUGCUAGAAGACUAUAAAAUAUAGUAACUUUUAUUUGGUGUAUAUAAUUUGUGGUUAACCUGUUGUUGAUAUACUAUUGUAUAAAUAUAUUUAUAUAUACACAUUUUACAAGAAGUUUGUUAUUUAUAUAAGGAAUAAUUCAUGAAAGAACAGAUUAAAAACAAUUAUACUGCAUAAGUGUAUUUAUUACAGACAUUAUACAGCAUUAUUAAAAUUAUAACAUGUAUUCCCUAGAAGAUGGUAAAUAUAUAUUUACACUCAUAAUAUUUAUAUUAUCAUUGAAAAAUAUGAUACAACAUUAUACCUAAACUAUUUAUUAUUUAUUACUGCUAUUAAUGAUACACUACUUUUUUUAUUUUAUGUAUAAUCAAUCUCAAUAAUUACUAAAAACUAUAAUUACAUUUUUACUUAGAUCAAUAUGAUGAU